AGAGGACCUGCCGAGUCUUUGGAAACCUGUCCAGUGGCCUUCUCUAGACAGUUCCUGCUAGACCUGGGAACCUGUGCCCAAGGACCGCAGGCUGAUGGGUGCCCAGCUCUGCUCCGAGGCCAACGGCAAUUCCCCGGGAGAGGCGCUUCGCUUCCACUCGGAGGCCAAGGGCGCGCAGGUGCAUCUGGACACCCGCGGCUGCACCGCGCACAGGUGCGCCACGUUCCACGACGGCAUCGUGUUCAGCCAGCGGCCGGUGCUGCCGGGCGAGCGCGUGGCCCUGCGCGUGCUGCGACAGGAGGGCGGCUGGUGCGGCGGCCUCCGCGUGGGCUUCACGCGCCUGGACCCCGCGCGCGUGUCCGCGCCCAGCCUGCCGCCCUUCGUGUGCCCGGACCUGGAGGAGCAGAGCCCGACGUGGGCGGCCGUGCUGCCCGAGGGCUGCGCGCUCGAGGGGGAUGUGGUCCGCUUCUGGGUGAACCGCUGCGGCUGGCUCUUCGCCAAGGUCAACGCCGGCCGCCGGCUCCUGCUGCGCAAGGGCGUGCUCAUGGGCGCCCCGCUCUGGGCGGUGAUGGACGUGUACGGGACCACCAAGGCCAUCGAGCUUCUGGAUCCCACAGGCAGCCGGUUCCCCACAACUGUGCCGUCGGUCCUCAGCGACAAGCCUGCGCUUGAGCCUGAAGCCACAUCGGGAGAGGAGUGUGCCGUCUGCUUCCACCAUGUUGCCAACACCUGCCUUGUUCCCUGUGGCCACACGCAUUUCUGCAGCUCCUGUGCCUGGCGGGUCUUCAGGGACACAGCCAAGUGCCCCAUGUGUCGCUGGCACAUUGAGGCGGUAGCCCCGGCAUGAGUCUCUCCUGCUCUGGGGACUGGUGUAGGCUCAGAAGAGGAGAAGGCUUCGUGGUGUGGGCGGCAGAUUGGGCCUAGAUCCAAGCCUGGCACAGAGGGAGGAGGUGCAGCGCCCCCUCUGUCUGGAGAACAGUCAGCAGCAGAGAGAGGAGCACAAGCGGGUGGUGGCUGCUUCCCCCACCCUUUCCCAGCAGGGGCUUGGCGAGAGGAGCAAGGAGAAGCUCCUUUUCCUGCCCACGCCAGAACUGUCCUUCUGAUGCAGUGCUUUGUUCAGAGGGAGGGUCGCUCUUGAUCCCUUGUUUUAUAGCUGGGGAAGUUAAGGUAUCUGCCCGUGUCUGGUGAGAGCCCUGCACAGCUGGGGCAUUAAAGAACCUGGAGCAGAAGCUGAGCGGUAUCUAGGAGGAACCAGUCCCGUGUGGAAGCCGGGUCACCUCCGACAAGUCCCCCGUAAAGUGGAUCUGCAGUUACCUGCCCUGCCUACCUUUCAGGGUGGCUGUGAGGUCCCAAUGAGAUCAUGCAGCUGAAGAUGAUUUAACACAUGAAAACACACUGUUGUCAUUAUGGUUAUUUCCUUGCCAAUUUCUGAGAUUAUCAAAAUAAAGUUUGUCUUUCAUGAA